GGGAGAUGCUAAAGCGGUGGCUGGUCAGGGAAGCAUAACCCGGUAUGUGUUGGAUUAUGUUCGCAACAGUUUGUAGAAAUUAGCCCGUUUGUUAAAUGGGGAAACGCUUACUGUACUGACAUUAGAUGUGUUUCCUAAAAGGUGAUUAAAAUCUUUGGUGGGUCCGGCUUGAAUGCCCGGUAGUAUAGCUAAGCCGGGGACUAGCGUCUGAAAAUGCUAAAGUUAGCUAGCUUUAGCAAGCUAGAACACUGAAUUUAUCCGUGAAGACUGCAGUCGUGAGUGAAGAGAGACAAAACCACUGAAAUGAUUCAACCUACUACAAAGUACCGACCAGCUUAACCGGCUUAUACAGCAGUUCUGUGUUGCAAUGAGGAGCAGCAGAGUCCAGCUCUGAGGCCUCAGCGGGAUGAACUCCGUUUCCCCCAGUGCAGCGCAGUACGUAGGGGGGGUGAUGCAGGAUGAGAUGGGAGAGAACCGAAGGCAGCAGCCCCUGGAGCGGCAGGCCAGCUUUGGCCUCAGGCUGCCACAGACACCAGAUCCCAGCAGAGAGACGACGGGGGAGCCUGAUGAGAUGGACAAACUGAAAGCCAAACUGAUGUCGGCAUGGAACAACGUCAAAUAUGGUUGGGCUGUUAAAUCAAAAACCUCCUUCAAUAAGACGUCACCAGUCACUGUCAUGGGCCACUCGUAUCUGCUCAACAGUGAAGACGAGGUGGAGCGGUUUCGUCUGGCUUUCAUGUCCAGGAUUUGGCUGACCUACAGGAGGGAGUUCCCUCAGCUGGAGGGCUCCACCUGGACCACAGACUGCGGCUGGGGCUGCAUGCUACGCAGCGGGCAGAUGCUGCUGGCACAGGGGCUCCUCGUCCAUUUGAUGCCCAGAGACUGGGCUUGGCCAGAUGCUCAGCAGCUCACUGAUGUGGACUUUGAGGUGUUCAGACCACGCUCUCCAGCCAGGGCUGGAGGGGUUCCCAUCCCCUCCUUUGGCUCUCCACGAGGAUCCAACACCCCUGAAAAGCCCCUGCCACGUGAUCAGGCACCCAAAUGCAGCCAGAAAAAGAGACCCGAGUCUGUGAGAGACAGGCAGGCCGAGCCCAUCCACCACAAGCUGGUCACCUGGUUCGGGGAUCAGCCCUCAGCACCUUUUGGGAUUCAUCAGCUGGUUGAAAUCAGUAAAAGUUCAGGGAAGAAGGCUGGCGACUGGUAUGGCCCCUCUAUAGUGGCACACAUACUACGGAAAGCGGUAGCCAAAACAUCUGCAGUCCACAACCUGGCUGUGUAUGUGGCUCAGGAUUGUACAGUGUACAAGGAGGAUGUGGUGCGUCUGUGUGACCUGUCACUAAGCCAGACUGCCGCUGAUCCUUCCAGCCAAGCCUGGAAGUCUGUCAUCAUACUGGUGCCUGUACGGCUGGGAGGGGAGGCCCUCAACCCAUCCUACAUCGAAUGUGUCAAGAACAUCCUAAAGCUGGAUUGUUGUAUUGGAAUCAUCGGAGGAAAACCGAAGCAUUCACUUUACUUCAUUGGCUUCCAAGACGAGCAGCUGCUGUAUCUGGACCCUCACUUCUGCCAGCCUGUGGUGGAUGUGUCCCAAGUCAACUUCUCACUGGAGUCGUUCCACUGUAGCUCUCCCAAAAAGAUGCCCUUCAGCCGCAUGGAUCCAAGCUGUACCAUCGGCUUUUACGCCAAGAACAAGAAGGACUUUGAGUCUUUGUGUUCUGCCGUUAGUGAGGCUCUGUCAUCAUCGAAGGAGAAGUACCCCAUCUUUACCUUCGUAGAGGGCCAGGGUCAGGAUUACGGACUUGAGGGUCACAGCAGUAAUAACAGUGGACCCGCAGCCCACAUUCUUCCCCCGGGCAUACUGGGCAGGAGUAACAACAGAAGAAACAGUGACGAGUUUGUCUUCUUGUAAGCAGGAUGCCGUCUCAGCUCUCAGCUGCAGGGGGCAGAAGAGGACACCUCAUUUCCUGUCUAAGGGAAGGACUCGAUUCUGUUGAUGGUGCAGCUGCAAGGUGGACAUGACGCUUCUGUGUUUUAUUGCGUUCACUGGUCAACGGAAAUAAAAGCUGUGCGGCUUCUGUCAUCACCUUUGUGUGGUUGGGUAUUAUAAGCUACCAGGCAUUAAUAUGUUCUGGCUGGAGCGUUAUUUUACUGGGCAAAGGCAUGAUUUCAAAAUGGAUCAUGAUUAAGAAUGUUUCAAGUACUUGAAGUAUUCUUGAUUCACUUUAUCAGACACCUAAAAAGCCUCAAAGUCAAGCAUGUAUGAGUAAAAUCUAGUACUCCAAUUACACUCCAGUACUGUGUCUUUGUCCUGGUGCGAACUGGACACGCUGAAAGUGAUGUGUGGACUUCAUGAUAUUUAAUUAGCUCACUGGUCAGGUGGGGGGUUUGCCUGAUGUUGCUCUUGACUUGUAUUAUAUACCAUCUGCUGUAUAUCUUAUUUUUCAUUCUUUACAUUUAUUUAUCAGGUUUACGAGUGUGUGAGCGAGUGUGGUGGUUAGUGUCAGUUUUUUUGUUUGUUUGUUUGUCUUUAAUCAGGCGGACUAUGUAUUUUGGACUCUUGUCAUGUUGCGUUUCACUGAGAUUUCAGAUUCUUCCAGGAGCAUCUGGAACAGCUGUAAAUUCACUCUUGUGUUGCAGUCCGUCCCAAAUCUCACGCAGAUGAGGCCAUGGUCUCCAACAUGCUUUGGCUCUCUAUUACAGGUAGGCAAGAAUAUGAAACAAUCCCAAAACUCUGUUGGGGUUGAAGAGAAAUGUCCCCUUCAGUUUGUGUGUAUAUUUACAUGGAUACCUGUGCAAAGUAAAACCCAGAACAGUUCUUUUUACAUAAGUUCAGGCUCUGGGUUUUACCUGCUAAAGUCAUACAGUCAAUACAACCAUCCCAAACUGAACACAGUUUUUGCCUGAAUCUUCAAGCUUUUUUGUUUUUGUUUUUGUUUUUGUUUUUUUUACAUGAAGGCUACUACUGAGAGUUGCACUACUACUGUUAUUAGGUUUGUUGUCCUGAUUAAACUUCAAACACUGGAAUCACA